AUGGUGAGUUUUGACGUCACGUCUCUGUUCACCAAUGUGCCGGUGGAUAAGACUAUUGGGAUUAUUUCUAACCUCGUGAGUCAGACUAAUUUGCCUGCCGUGUACAUGGAAGCAAAAGACUUAUUUCUAAAAUCGGGAUAUUUAAUGUGGCACGGGGAAUAUUACCUUCAGGUUGAUGGAGUGGACAUUGGGCUCACCGAUAGCUCCUGUGACCGCCAAUAUCUUAUGGAAUGGUUUGAAGAAAAUGCUUUGAAUAGCGGGCCUGUUCGACCUAAAUAUUGGUGGCGGUAUGUUGAUGACGUCUUCACUAUUGUCUCGAAAAACGGCCUAAGGGUUCUCACGGAGCACCUUAAUACUAGGCAUCAUAAGAGCCACUUCACAGUGGAGGAGAAAAAUGAAGGAAAACUGCCGUUUCUGGAUGUCUUGGUUAUGCGUAAACCUUGUGGACGGAUACAAACCGCAGUGGAGCAGGAGAAACUAUAUAGGAGGGACGGGCCGGAACAUUUCCGCCGAGUCAUCGGCCGCAGUCUGCGCCGGUCCGUCAACGCAAGCUCCUAA